AUGACCACCGUAAUUGAAUUAUUGUAUGAAUUUGAUCAAUUUCUAACUACCCAGUUGUUGAAAAACUCAUUUACUGCUGAUUUGCUAGCUACCCCAGCUUCCAAGUUUAUCACUGAGUUGUUGGUUAUAGUUUCCAUUGGAUUAAUUAGUUAUGAAACUAUUUACUGGAGUGGGAUAUACUUAAACUUAUGGGAGUAUCACGCCAAGGAUAUCUUUACUGAAAUUCCUAUUCAUUGCGCUCAUGUCCAUAUUAGAUUGAAUGUAAUCAAGAAAUCUGACCAAGACAAAUUGAAGGAAUACUAUGAAUUGAAACAAAAGUCCAAGUAUAAUGUUUUGUACUGGAACAGGUUGACCCAAUUAAGCACCGAGAUAUUCUUGUUGGAGAAGUUUGUCAAGUACUAUUUUGAAUUCAGUCCUGAAGAUUUCGAAAUGAACGAAGAACCAGAAUUAGGUUCAACGAUUGAACAUUUAAGAAAUAAAACUUUAAAUAUUUUCAAAGAGUCUGAUGCUUAUAAACAUCUAGAUAACCAUAGUAUAACUAUUGAUGAUGUUGUGAUUUACAAUAACAAGAAUCAAUUAGUUCCAAAAGCAGAGAACAACAACUAUUUGAGUAAAUGUCAAAUUGAAACUGGGAAUGUCAUUGAUAGUGUCAUACUUGUAUAG